AUGCCGCCCUCUUCCUCUUACAGCCUCCUUUUGCUAGCAGGUCUGUGCUGUCUGCUCCCUGGCUCCCAGACUAAAGAUUACCAAGAGGCAGGCGCCUCGGGCGAUGGCAAGACCCAGGAGCAGCCCCAAUGCCAGAAUUUUGCUUCCACCAUCACCAACAUCUCCUUGUCCUUGCUCCAAAAGGUAAUCCGUUGGCCCGGGCAAACCAACAUUAUGUUCUCCCCAGUAAGCAUCACAGCUGCCUUCGCAAUGCUCUCUCUGGGAGCUAAGGGCAGCACUCAGAAGCAAAUCCUGAACGGGCUGAGGUUCGGUGCCGCAGAUAUGCCUAAAAUGCGGGUCCACAAGUGCUUCCAGCAUCUCCUCCAGACAUUCCGCCAGCCAAACUAUCAGUUACUCAUGACCACUGGCAACAGCCUGUUCAUCGAUAAGCGUCUGCAGGUGACAGACAAGUUCAGAGAGGUCGCUACAGAAUUGUACAACUCGGAAACCAUCCCCGUCAACUUCAGGAACAUUAAAGAAGCCAAGGCACAGAUCAACAAACACACGAUGAAGAGAAGCUACGGACAUAUAUUACAGGUGGUCGAAGACCUGCCAAUGGACACAGCUCUUGCCCUGGUGAACUUCAUCUCCUUGGAUGGAAUCCAUAAUGGUGAACUCCAAGCUGACCUAGUGAAUAACUAUGAGUUCCGCCUGGAUACAGGCCAGGCGGUUUCGGUGCCCAUGGUAAAACGCACGGGUAAAUUUUACCUGAAGAAGGAUAGUAAUCUGUCCAGCUGGGUGCUGAUACAGCACUAUGCAGGAAAUGCCAUGGCUUUCUUCAUCCUGCCAGACCUGGGGAAGAUGCAACAACUGAUAGACAACCUGAGCUAUGAGUACCUCAACAGCAUCCAGAGGCACAUUAACCCCAGGUGUGUGACUUUCACAGUGGGCACAGGCAGAGCUGGGCUACAGAGACCUAGAGAAGGCAAGGUGGAAGCUGGGCACCUGGGGUCCAUUUGCAGGAGAUUCUGUCCUUUGACAUUCUUCCUUGUGGUUCACUGGGCCCCCAAGAACCAACAGGUCAGAGAAUGUUCUCCAUCAGUGAGCCCAGGUCCUGCUGACUGGGGUGUGGGCCUGAGGUAUGCCAACUUAGGUUUCCCCAAAUUUACCAUUUCUGCAACCUACGACCUGAAGACAGUAAUGAGGACACUGGGCAUUACCCAGAUCUUCAGCAACAAGGCUGAUCUGUCAAAAGUCACAAAGGAUGCUCCUGUGAAGUUGUCCAAGGUUCUCUCCCUAGAUGACUUCAAGCAUGGGUAUCAGACGUUUUCUGGAGGGAGACUAUUUCUAUUCUCCCAAGAUACAGAUGGCAAUGUGAAACCAAAGUAA